AUGGCGGAUUCGGACUUGGAAGAGGACGUGCACGCAGUUGAUAAGCGUGAAAGGCACCGGCAAUCCGUGACAGCAACCGCCUGGGCAUCUCUGUCUUUGGUCACUGGGGCAGUCCUGCUAUGGGCGUCGAUGGCAGGUUCGAAAUCAGAAGCCAUCUAUUUGAUGGACAAAGUGGUUCGUUUCGACACUGCUGGCCCGUUCGGAGAAGAUCUUGCAGGGGCUUCUCACGUGUUGACGACAUUGAUGCUUGUACGUAUCCUGCUCUUCGUCGGUUUGGCAGUCGUGGUGACCAGCCUAAUUGGAAUAACAGCCAGCACUGGAAAACACAAAUGCCUUGCUGCGACCUACGGUUCCUGCUCCCUGGCUUGCGCCGGUGUGAUGCUCGUCCUGGCCAUGCAAGUGAUGCAACGAAUUUACGUGGUCGAACCUUUGGUGCACAGACAGGUAGAGCACCUUUGCAAUGAGAGUAUUUACCUCCAGCUGGGCCAUGCCUUGGACUGCUCUUGGGCAUCUGGGAUCGACGUAGGCGUUGACGAGUGUGGUGCUGCCUGCCGCUGGAAGAUUAGCCUUCUUCAGGGUGUGCAGGGAUGUCGGCUCAUGCCCCAGCUGUGCGAGUCGUUCUUCUACGAGGAGCUGGCCAGCCAGAACUGCUCAGCACUCAUCAGCACCGCGGCCUCCGGCAUCGAGCCGGUCUUCGUAGCGUCCCAGUCCAGCAGUGCCUGCAGGGAUUCCUGUGACGCGGACAUCAAGUGCAAAGAGUUUUCUCACAGUGAAGCAACUGCGGCACGUCCGGAAGUGUGCAUGCUCUACAGUGGUCUAGUCGCUCUCCACAAGCCGCCCGCCUGGUCACAGCUGGCACCGGCGCAGGUGCAAUCGUACCUGGGCGAGGGCAAGACAGAGUGCUGGAGGCGGACAGAUCCCACCGUCCUGAGCAGGUUCCAGAGCCAGAACACCAGGAUCGCGGCUUGUACCGUCGUCCUGGCUGUGGUGCUUCUGGGUGUUCGAUUUGGAGCCUCGAUGCUGAAGCCCGAUGCUGGCCCGACACCGUUGUGA